GCCCUCGACGCAACGGCAUCGGGCUAUCGGACCCAACGAUUGAAACGAACGGGGUACUGCGUUGAGUUUGAGUGGCAAGUUGUCUCGACCCGGCAUAUGUAGCAGGAACGCGCGUCUCAGUAUCAACCUAGCAUUCGAGACGAUAACAGCCUCAUUGGACAACAUAACAGCAGUGUUUACACGCGUGUUGCGAUCAUAAAAGAAGCGAACAUCAGCUGUGAUCGGUUUGAAAACUUACGCGAAAUUCCGUGUGUCAUAGCUCUAGUCAUAACAGAGAACACCCACGUGCGUUCAAUCAUCUGUGAAUGUGUUUUAUUAGUCUGAGACAAAUCUUCUGAGCGCUAAGUACCGUUGAUGAUGAUGAGCUAGGAGAAACAGUUUAGCGCGCCAAUGAUAUUGUCAGAACUCCGUUAUGGCUAAGUAAUCCCGGGAAAGUAGAUUAGUGUCUAUCGAAGAUUAGCAACAGGCAUAUGCAGGUGAAACAAAUUAAUUUUGCAAGCAAUAUUGGGUCACCGUAACAGUGGUAGUGCACAUUGACUAUAGAUCUUAUUCCGGGUGGGAUGAGUGAGGGUGAUUAAUAUGAGACCCUGAGUGCAGCACAAAUUGAAGUGCAACUAAGAAAAGUCAACAAAAGGUGUGAGAAGAAAUCGGGUUCAUGGAGCAACGCUUUCUCUUGCGCGGAUCACGGUGUUCCGGUAAACGGGUGGUGGUGGGUGCAUAAUGCGAGAAAGAAAUCGUUUUGGGCAAAUGAAAAUAAAAUUGAAGGAAAGGAAAACGAAAAUAGGCGGCACACGGCAUAUGAGAAGUGUCUGACCUUGAUUUUUGUUUCGGUCGUCGAAUCAAAUGGGCGGUUACUCGAUGUGGAUGGACGAAAAAUUUAGAUGUCGCGACUUUCGGUUCGGUUUUUAUUUUUUGUGCGCUAGCCUGUAAAUCAUUAGAAAAGAAAAAGCGAAACGAAGCAGGGUGCCCUUAAUUAACAAUUUCGCCGAAGCCGAGGAGAAGUGUGGCAAUUGGUUAUUGUGACUAACGGGAAUAAAACGGGAAAUUACGCUACGCUUGCAGCCGCAGAAAUCAGCAACGGGCAUUCCCGUUGACUUGGUGCAGAACGUUUGGCCUGGAGAGAUUCGAGUCGGACCAGUCGUUUGCAAUGGAUAAGCAAACCGUAGCACUGACCACAAUAUUUCUGUUGCUGGUGUUAGAAUCCAAUACCGCCCUCGGAGUAAAGUGCUUCCGGUGCACAGUAGCACCGCCAAAUCGCUACGCGAUUAACAGUACCAAAACCCAGCUGUGUUCCAAGUUUGACCACUCCGAUUACUACGCUGUUGACUGUCCGUGGUCAACGAUGUGCGUGAAGCGAGUAUACAAGAUUCAGCUAAUGAACCGGGAGCAGGAGACCAUCAGCCGUGACUGUGCACAGCAGAAGAAAACCGAACAGAUCUAUAAAAAUGGUAACUGGACGAAGGAACACCACAUAGAGGAACCCUACGAAGAGGGUUGUCAAACGAUAGACGACACCACGUACUGCUUUUGUCGGGGGUCGAUGUGUAAUGCGGCAACUAAAGUUGAGAAAAAUAGUUAUCACACGGACGCGAUGGCAGUCAUAUUUGUGUUCAACGUGAUGAAGUACAUAAGAAAUAUAGAAUACUAGCAUGUUAGAUAGGUUGUUCAACUUCCGUGAAUUAGGUUAAGAGAUAAUAGACUAGGUAUAACUUAAUUGCUUAUUUUUGACUGAAAACUCAAGUCACUAACGAGAGAAUAUUUUGUUAAAAUGUUAUUUUAUGCUCGAAAUCGAUGUGAUAUAAUAAAUAAGUAGACAUUA